ACUGAGGCGUUGUAUCUUGCCAUCUAUCUGUUCGACCGAUUUUUGGCUCUUCAUCCAGUGGAAAAGAAGAGAGUGAUUUUGGUUGGAGUGACUGCCCUACAAUUGGCUGCCAAAUAUGCUGGAAUAAGAGAGUCCAUUCCUUGUGUCCAUUCGUUUUCCUGCUUGGCGCUUAUCUCCAUUAAUUUUGUUCUUGGCAAUAUGCAGGAGUACUUGAUGUUGAAGACCUUAGGGUAUGACUUGUCAAUUUCGACUCCGUCCAUAUUUAUGUGGAAAUUCCUUGACGAAACUCUCUCUGAUGAUAAGAUCAAGAACUUGUCCAGUUUCUUCAUUGAUCUCUGCCUAGUUUGGUAUGAAACAUGCACAUUUCGACCUUCAAUAUUAACUGCCGCUGCAAUUUACACCGCCCAUGCCACUGUUAGAAGGCGUAAGCCAUGUAGUAAAAUCUAUGAGCAAUUAACCGGAUGUAGUGUCGGGCAAAUCUGGAAAUGCUCGAGAUUGAUGGUGACUUCCCAUAUAAAAGCAAGGAGUGUCGAAAGUGUUUACAAGAAGUACAACACGAGCAGAUACAACUGGGUAGCUAGAGCUAGACCGGCUCGUUUUCUCUUGACCAAAUUUAGCAAGGCCAUGUUCAUCACCUUUAAGCUCAUCUUGUUUCUCCUAAAAGACACUUGACAGCAUUUUGUUUUGGUGUUGAGGUAUUUGUGUCAAGGGAUUUUUUGGUAUUAGAGGGUCUCUAGGUAAGAGCCGAGUCUUGGUACUGUACAGAUGAUUUCCAGUUUAUCGGCUGUUUCAAAGCCCUUGAAC